GCUGAGCAAACAGUGAGUUCCUGGGACGGGAGGCUGCAGAGCCUCAGCCUGCCCAAGCAGCCAGACCAGGUCAGCUCUCCCCGCCGUGCACCAUGAGGCUGCUGGUCCCAGCACUGCUGCUGGGUUUGCUCCGUGGGGCUUUGGCAGCUGAAGAGUCGUGCGUCGGCCACUGCGAGGACGGCUUCGAUGCCCAGAGGAAGUGCCAGUGUGACGCCCUCUGCACCUACUACCAGAGCUGCUGCAGUGACUAUGUCAGCGCCUGCAAGCCAAAAGUGACCCGCGGGGACAUGUUCGCGUUUCCCGAGGACGACUACGUGGACUACGCCACCAACACUUCCUGGAGCGAAACCACAGAGACUGGGCCCACAGCCACAGCCCCAGAGCUAGUCAGUGUGGCCACCACGGAUUCGGUCACGGUGCCUGACAGCGAUGCCCCUCUGCUGGUCCCCAGCGUGCUGGGGGAGCAGGAGGAGGUGGUGGAGGAGGUGCUGUGUAGUGGGCAGCCCUUCGAUGCAUUCACCGACCUGAAGAACGGUUCUCUCUACGCGUUCCGAGGGAAAUACUUCUACGAGCUGGACGAGAAGAGUGUGAGGCCUGGCUACCCCAAGCUCAUCCGCGAUGUCUGGGGCAUUGAGGGGCCGGUCGAUGCCGCCUUCACGCGCAUUAACUGCCAGGGCAAGACCUACAUCUUCAAGGGCAGUCUGUAUUGGCGCUUUGACGACGGGGCUCUGGACCCCGACUACCCCCGCAACAUCUCAGAGGGCUUCCAGGACAUCCCCGACAACCUGGACGCGGCCUUCGCCCUCCCUGCGCACAGCUACAGCGGCAAGGAGCGGGUCUAUUUCUUCAAAGAUGAGCACUACUGGGAGUAUGACUUUGCCAACCAGCCCAGCCGGCAGGACUGCGAGCUGUCCUCCCCCUCGCUGGUGUUUGACCACUACACGCUCAUGCGGGACGACACUCCUCUUCGGGGGCACCAAGCAGAGUGAGGUCAGUGGGCCGUGGACCAUCAGCAAAGGCUGGCGGGGGGGGCCAGGCCACCUGGACGCUGCCAUGGCCGGAAGGAUCUACGUCUCCUCCAGGGCCAGCAGCUGGGCACGAAGGCGGAAAUCCCGGCGGCACCGC